UGUCCAGAGCCUAAAAGUGAUUGUUUAUCUGAAUCACCAGACGAAAAGAGAUUCAAAAAAUUCAAAAUCCUGGGUGAGAGAAAAUGAGCGAAAUCGGAAUCGAUGUCAAAGCGAUUAAUCUGUCGUCAACGACGCCGUCGCGCGAGAAGAAGGGGGUGACAGCCGAGAAAACUCCCCAGAAAGCUCCGUCGUCUUCUUCCGCGGAGGACGAGGACGGGAGUCCGAUCAAGCACAUUGUCUGUGUCAAAAACAAGGUCGAUGUCAAACAUUUUGAGGACGUCGAGGACUGCUUCAUCUUGGAUUUCGACCCCUUUGAGCCGGUGCAGUUUUCCAAGUUGUCCGUGUCGGAUAAUGGUGGUGGUGGCGGUUCUCCCGAUAUCGCUGUUGUUGCUGAGAAAGGACAGGUUGCUUGUAGAGACUAUCCACAUUCAAGACACCUCUGCCUGAAAUUUCCUUUCGAGACGACACCCCAUGAGAGCUACUGUGAGCUGUGCUACUGCUAUGUUUGCGAUUCUGCCGCUCCAUGCGGGUUGUGGAAACUGUCACAUUGCCAUGCUGCUGCGCACAUUGGUGACUGGGAGUGCAAAAGGAUGUUGAUGAAGCAGCAAGCCGCGAUGAAGAAAUGAACAAAGCUCCUGUUGUUUAGCCGUAUUGCGGAUAACGGUGUAUGAAAAAUACCAGAAAAGUGAACUGUUGUUUUACUAGUAGGCGGCAAGUUCAUGUAAUAUUGUUCAUAGGGAGGGUACUUGAAAUGGCUUUUGUUCUGACUCGAA